CGUGGGGGCGGGGGCACCACACUCAGGGGCUGUCAGGGGUCGCGGCCUCUGCCACCCCCACCCGAGCUCGCGGUCCUCCGAGCCCGCCUCCGAGGGCCCCCGAACCUUGUCCCCACCCCGGGGUCGCCCUUCGUCUCGGUGUGCUGUGGCCGGGUGUGCUGAGUCACUCGCAGCACUUCACCGGGCAGCUGGCGGACGUCGAUUGCAUUACGUUGGAAAUGCUUGUUGGACCCUGAAGUGUAGGGGACGGUGCACAUACACGGUGGUGCAGGGGGCUGAGACGAUGAAUGGUCCUGGAGGACACGUGCCAUCGGCAGGACUUCAACCCCAACGAGUACGACCUGAAGUUUCAGAGGAAUGUGCUUGACCUCUCUCUCCAGUGGAGAUUUGCCAAUCUGCCCAAUAACGCCAAGCUGGAGAUGGUGCCCAUCUCCCGGAGCCGCGAGGGGCCCGAGAACAUGGUGCGCAUUGCUCUGCAGUUGGAUGAUGGCUCCAGGUUGCAAGACACUUUCUGCUCAGGCCAGACACUCUGGGAGCUUCUCUGCCGCUUUGCCCAGAUCAGGGAGUGUCUGGACCGGCCGUGUGAGGCCAGCCCCGUUUGCGUGUACAUGAGAGAUGAGGUGACCGGUAGAGCCGCCUUGCAGAGCACGACGCUGCAGUCACUGGGCCUCACCGGGGGCAGCGCCAUCAUCAGGUUUUCCAUGAAGAGACAUGAUUCCACUGGCAGGCAGGAGCCUGGGGUCUCCUGGAGCAGAAGCCCAGGAAGCCCGACCCCUUCCUUGUCGGCCGACCAGGCAGCCAGCAGCCCUCUGUUUCCACUGAAUUCAGCGGAGCUCAGCCAGGGCGAUGUGAACCAUCAGGAUGAGGCAGCGAGCCCGGGGGCUGGCCGCGUGGAUGGCCUGGGCCCGAAGCCGGUGGACGCUCAGGCGAAACAGAUCUCGAAGGAGCCCACGCCAGCCCCCUUUGUUCCUUUCUCGGGUGGGGGACAGCGACUGGGGGGCCCCUCCGGGUCCGUGAGGCCUGUGAUGUCAUCUUCAGCCAAACUGCCAAAGUCCUUCUCCAGCCCUGCAGGCCCCUCGCAGCCAAAGAAGUCGAGGCCUGGCCAGGAGCCCCAGCCGGAGCCGGAGCUGCCAGUGGACCGAGACCCCGUGGUGUGCCACCCUGACCUGGAGGUGCUGCUCCAGGCCUGGCCUGCAGAGCUGCCUGACGAGUUCUUCGAAGUGACCGUGGAUGAUGUCAGAAGACGUUUGGCCCAGCUCAAGAGUGAACGGAAGCGCCUGGAAGAAGCCCCCUUGGUGACCAAGGCCUUCAGAGAGGCUCAGAUGAAGGAGAAGCUGCAGCGCUACCCUAAGGUGGUCUUGAGGGUCCUGUUUCCUGACCGCUACAUCCUGCAGGGCUUCUUCCGCCCCAGCGAGACCGUGGGGGAUUUGCGGGACUUCGUGAGGAGCCACCUGGGCAACCCCAAGCUGCCGUUCUACCUGUUCAUUGCUCCUCCAAAAACCAUCCUGGACGACCACACGCUGACCCUCUUUCAGCCGUCUCCUUUCAUCCGUCAGCUCGCCCUGGAGCCGUGGGGCCUCUGCUCAGAGUGGCGUCCCUGCCCGCCCGCGAUCAGAGAGCUGGCAGGGCUCAGGGAAGGAAGGCUUCCUCCCUCCUGCGGGCAAACCUCUUCCCUGCUGCCCUUGUGCACUUUGGACCUGAGGAGCCAACAGGCAUCUACCUGGAGCCCACGCUGCUGGAACACACCAUUUCCCCGUCUGCAGCUGACGUGCUGGUGGCCAGGUCCAUGUCCAGGGCUGCUGGAACCCCACCCCCGCCACCAGCCCCUGACCCUGCGCCCGUUGAGUUGGAGCCAACUGCUGAAGAAGGGGCAGUGGGCCCCCCUGAGCCCAGCCCUGGGACGGCCCAGCCAGUGAGGAGGGGUCUGGGCAAGGUGCCCAAGUGGCUGAAGCUGCCAGCCAGCAAGAGGUGAGAGCCGCCAGCCCAGAGGUGCCACUCUGCCAGCCACAGGACCCCUGCCCACCCUGAGCGGGAAUAAACAUGCAAGCCUC